AAUUGAAAUCUUUUUGGAGUGGUUCAGUUUAAAAUUACUGUGAACGGUGAAUACGUGACCAAUUUUCAUGAAAUACGAGUUUCAAAUUUAGCGCCACAUGCGCGUUGUCCUUGCUUUUGCCCUUGUAGACCCCUUUGAGCGUUGUUGUAUAUUCAAGAUGGCGAUUGUGUUGUGUCCAUUUGCGAGAGCGCGUCAAUACAUUAGUUCUGAUUAAAUAAAACAUCACGCACCACUUAAACAUAUAAAAAAUAAUAGAUUUUUAAAUAACAUGUGAUACGAUAGUCAUAGUAAACGUUUUUUAAUACCAAAUACAUAAUUCCACACUACGUUUUAAAUUAGCCAAAAUAUUCACAUAUAAAGGUUGUGAUCGCCAAUAAUUAACACCAAACACUACGGCGGCUUGCACUGGACUAGAAGACGGAAUGCGGGAACUGAUAUUUACAUUAUUUUGUAUAAAUAGUUCAUAAUCAGUCACCAUGACAGAUACGAGGAGGAGAGUCAAACUAUACGCUUUAAAUGCAGAAAGACAAUGGGAUGAUAGGGGCACCGGCCAUGUUUCGUCAGCAUAUGUGGAUCGUUUGAAAGGUAUAUCGUUACUAGUUAGAGCAGAAAGCGACGGAUCGUUACUGUUAGAGUCUAAGAUACAACCAGACACUGCAUAUCAAAAACAGCAAGAUACGUUAAUCGUGUGGUCGGAAGGAGAUAAUUUCGACUUGGCGUUAAGUUUCCAAGAGAAAGCCGGUUGUGAUGAAAUAUGGGAGAAGAUUUGCACGGUGCAGGGCAAGGACCCAUCGGUUGAGAUUACGCAGGACAUUGUGGAAGAGUCCGAGGAUGAGCGGUUCGACGACAUGUCCGAUUCGGCUCCUCCGAUUGAAUUACCAAGCUGCGAACUAAGUAGAUUAGAAGAUAUAAGUGAAUUGUUUAGUAACUGUUUAAGUUCUCCAAUGAGGAAAGAAAAGUUAGCCGUGGCAAUCGAAAGUGAAAACUAUAUUCGUAAAUUACUAAAUUUGUUUCAUAUGUGCGAGGAUUUAGAGAAUACCGAGGGUUUGCAUCAUUUAUAUGACAUAUUCAAAAAUAUUUUUUUAUUAAAUAAAAACGCGCUAUUCGAGGUUAUGUUCGCGGAUGACACACUUUUUGAUGUGGUGGGCUGUUUGGAGUACGAUCCGUCUUCACCUACGCCUAAGAGACAUCGUGAUUACUUACGGCAACAGGCAAAGUUUAAGGAAGCAAUACCCAUUAAAAAUCCGGAGCUUUUGUCUAAAAUCCAUCAAACUUUCCGUGUUCAGUACAUUCAAGAUGUAGUUUUACCAACCCCUUCUCUUUUUGAAGAUAACAUGCUUUCGACGCUGAGUAGUUUUAUAUUUUUUAAUAAAGUAGAAAUUGUGUCUUUAGUGCAAGAAGAUGAAAAAUUUUUAACUGAACUGUUUUCGAUGUUGACAAAUGUUAAUACUUCGGAAACAAAGCGAAGGGACUUAGUGCUGUUUUUAAAAGAAUUUUGUAAUUAUUCUCAAAAUUUACAGCCCCAAGCGAAAGAGACGUUUUAUAAGACCCUGACAAAUUUAGGUAUUUUACAAGCAUUAGAAGUUACUCUCGCAGCUGAUGAUCAUAAAACAAAGACUGCUUCCAUAGACAUUCUAACGUACAUUGUCGAGUAUUCACCUUCGGUAGUUAGGGAGUACACUCUACAGCAAGCUAACAACACUGAUGAGGAUCAAAUCUUACUCAAUGUUAUAAUAGAGCAAAUGAUUUGCGAUUCCGAUCCAGAGUUAGGUGGAGCCGUACAAUUAAUGGGAGUUUUGAGGAUAUUAUUAGAUCCUGAGAACAUGCUAUCAUCCAUUAAUAAAUCGGAAAAGAUAGACUUUCUCAAUUUCUUUUAUAAACAUAGUGUCCAUAUCCUCAUAGAUUAUCUCUGUACAGCUCCUUUACUGGAAGACUAUUUCCGUGGGGAUUGCCAAAGAGAAGAUUAUUCGACUGUCCAGCUCCUUGGAUUAAUCAUUGAAUUAUUAUCUUUUUGUGUCGAGCAUCAUACAUACCACAUAAAAAACUGUAUACUAAACAAGGAUUUACUGAGGAGGAUAUUAAUUUUAAUGAAGUCUACGCAUAAAUUUCUCGUGCUAUGUGCAUUGAGGUUUAUGCGCAAAUUGAUUGCCUUGAAGGACGAAUUUUAUAAUAGAUAUAUUAUUAAGGGGAAUCUUUUUGCUCCGGUCAUCGAUGCUUUCGUAAAAAAUAAUGGAAGAUACAAUUUGCUUGAUUCUGCCAUAAUAGAGAUGUUCGAAUUUAUAAAACUGGAAGACAUCAAAACAUUAUGCUCGCAUGUCAUCGAGAAUUUUGGCAAGUCCUUUGACGAAAUCUGUUACGUGCAAACUUUCAAAGCACUGAAGCAGAGGUACGAUCAACAUCAGGACAAAUUAAAGGAUCGUGACAGGAAUACAUUGGAAAGUGUGCCAUCGAUAUUGAGAAACAGUCGCUAUCGGCGCGAUCAAAGGCAAAUGGACGAAGAGGAAGAAAUGUGGUUCAAUGAGGAUGAUGAUUAUGAUGAUAACGAAGCAGUCAUUCCAGCAGCAACAACGGAUAUACUUACGAAAAAACUUGAUCCUGAUUUAGAUAGUAUUGGUAAAAUGAUGGAGAAAAAGGUUGAGGCUAACGGUCCUAAAUUAAACAUCACCCCGGUCAAAACAUCAUUGCUUAAUAAUAAUGCAGGCAAUCAGCCACCAAGUCCAAUGCCGCCCGAAAUAAGAUCUGCAUUAUUUAAAAGAGGUUUGGUCGAUUACGAGGGUGGUGACUCGGAUGAAGACGAAGAGGAGGGGGGUGAAGUGAAUAAACGGCCGCGACUCUCAUAGCUUAAGGACAGGUAAGUUCGCGACUAACUCAAGUGUCAUGCAAGUACGUGUGAUCUCAUAGUGUGGUGGGCAGUCAGAGUGAACAGUCAAUUAUCUUACACAGGUAAUGCAUUCUUUCUACGAACCUGUAUCGAACAAUAAGGUGACGUUAUUUAUACUAAAUACUGAAGCUAAAAUUAUAUUAUAAUUCUGAAGCUCUGAAUUGACACCUUUAUUUUGUGUAAGAUUAAAGAAUAAGGUAUUACAAUGUUGUAGACGUUUCCGUCGUGUAAAAGUAAGGAGAAUAUAUUGUGAGAUAUGGAUUAAUUUUGUGAGAUCUGUGUCUAAGUUAUAUUGUGUAUUUUUGUUUUAGUCUGUAAUCGGAGAGUAUAUGAAAAUUGUUUUUUAUUCGUCAUAUUUUUCCAAAUUACAAGAUUUAACGGGCUAUUUCAGUCUCAUCAAUUUGGCUUACUAACGCCCUCUAUAAUCAGUGAAGUGUCUUUUUCGAUAAAUUUUUAUAUAUUUUCCCGUGUAAAGAAUGAGAAUCUUACAAAAUAUAUAACCUUACCAUUAUAUUUUAAUAUAGUUGUUACGAAUGAUUUUGAGUUCAAGUUGGAAGAACUUGAGUAAUGUGAAUUUAAAAAUAGUGUAAGUGAACAUAGUAGUUUUGUAGUCGAUAGGCUAUAUUAUCGAGUAGAUAAAAAUAUAAACAGUGAGUGUAGUGUUGAUGGAAGUAUUUAGUUUGUGAGAAACCGCUUUGUACUAUUUUGUUUAUUGUAUCAUUAUUUGUGUGAUAAAUUCUAUUAGUUUAUUUUCAUUUUCGAAUGAAUAUUAUUUUAUUGGUGCUUACAAAUCACAAUAGGUGUACACUGAGUACACGGAAAAGUUUUAUAUUAACUGAUUGUGAGUUCAAUAUUUAGAUUCAUACUCUCUAUGUUUAAAUUUUUGCAUUUUGUGUAUUGUAAAUAGCAACACUUUUCAUAACAAUGUGUAAAUUUUGAAUAAUUCAUACAAAUAUUUAUAAAUUUUUCCUAAUUUAUUUAUUUCUCCGAUAAUUACUAUAAAAAUGAUCUACUUGUUACAUAAAUAAUGUUAUCACAUUUCUGUAAGAAUUUAUUCUUCCGUUACUACAAAAAUUUGGAAACGUCUUAUGUUCCCGAUGUAAUCUAAUCAAAUGUUCAUAUCAGUGUUGAGUUAAGUAAGGAAUAUUAAACAAAAUUGAUGUCAGUCAAGUGUGAAAUGUAUGGUCAAAUCUUGCCGGCUUAUGUCCAAAUACUGUGUCAUAUCUACAAAUAUUACGCAUUAACUAAAUCAUAAAUAAAAUGUUUUUCAAAAAACCACGCAUUUACAUUCCGAUUUUGAUAGACAAUUUUAACCUAGAAUUUAAUCGGUUAAGGUUUGACGAUAUAACUGACCUAAGAUGUGCAACAUUAGAAAUUUUAAGUGUUCCAAGGGGCUGCCUGCAUACAUUAUUUUGUAUGAUCUAAAUUAUGAACUCAUUAAAUAAACGUACCGAAGUGAUCAUUUCAAAUCAAAGCAAAUCAUUCAAAUUGUUACACGAUUUUUUCUACACAACGGUCGAGCCCCCAUCACUGAUUGCCCCAUACAGGUAUUUAAUGAAAUCUAGUUAGUUUUGUACAUUUAUCUUCCGAUACUGGCACAAAUUAUAUAUAAUAAUUUUUCAUCAGCAUCUCAAAUUAAAAUUCCUCAAAUUAUUUAUUUUGUUUAAUUGGGUUGUAAAUAGCAAUCUCUGACAUUGGCAUAAGUUUUUUCGUCAUUUGAUAUCCUAAUUUAUUUUAAUUCACACAUGUAUGUGUCAAUGAUAGACUUGUCUAUUGUUUAAAGUAUUUGUCCUUUAUUUUAAUAAUAAAUACAUAUUUAUGAAUC